AUGAAUACAUUUGGAUAUUUGUACAACAACAGUUUCGUUCCUCCAGAUCUAUCACAAAAUUUAGUAGCAAGCAAUAAUGAUGGUGUCGACAAUCAGGAAUUUCGUUUAUACAUUUGGCUUGAUACUGUGACGACAUACGUUUUGGUUGUAACGACAUUUAAUCCAAAUGUAACAGGACCAUUUUCAAUAAACGUAACUGGUUUAGCAUCAGUUACAUUUUCUCCAAUGAAUGCAUCAGCAAGCAAUAAUGACGGUGCCGGAAAUCAUCAAUUUCGUGUAUAUAUUUGGCUUGAUACUGCAACAACAUACUAUUUAGUUGUUACGACAAAUAAACCUAUCGUCACAGGACAAUUUACCGUGAUUGUCACUGGUUUAGGAUCAUUGACACUUUCACCAAUGAAUGCAUCAGGUAAGAGCCAAAUUCGUUUCAGAAUACUUCUUUAG